CUAUAGUGUCAAAGCUGAAUGUAUUGUAAAGUGCAGAAACAAUUCUUAUCGCUAAGUUCAUCGUUUGUUCGAUCGCAGCUCGAAAUCGUCCGGAAUGGAUUCAAGGGGUCAACAUUUUAGCGCCUUCGAGCACUACAGUCUGCUGACGGCGUCCGUUCCAUCGUCUGGCGGUGCAAAACACACGAGCAAAACAACUUCCGUAAACGGCAUUUCCCCAAUAUCUCGAAGGAUGAGGCCACGUAUCGAAAACUCCAUCGGCGACGAUGCCAUGGAAAGUUGUGGAUAUCUGAAGUUUACCGACGACAACAUGAAGUCCAACUUUUUGCAGAGCCUUAGCACGAUGCGCAAAAAUCGUCUUUUUUGCGAUGUGGUUCUACUGGUGGAAAAUACUGAAAUCCAUGCGCAUCGCAAUGUGCUUGCCUGUGUUUCGCCCCAGCUGAUGGAGCUGUUCAGCACGGAUGCGGGUACACUGAACGGUGGACCAACCGCUGCCAGUGAUGCCAAGCUGCCGUGCUAUCGGCUGAACGGGCAGAUCACGAAGCACGGUCUGAUGUAUCUGGUCGAGUAUGCCUACACCGGAUCAUUGGAAGUGCCCGAUGAGAUGAUCCGCGAUGUCUAUCUCGCUGCCUGGCAGCUGAAGAUCGAUAGUGUGGUGAAGGAGUGCGCCCGCCAUCUCGUGAGCGAGCUGGAACCGGACAUCUGCAUCGAGACACGUUCCCUGCCCGGUAUCGAACGGAACCGACGCUUCGUGCAGGAGGUGGAUGCUUACAUUGCGAAACACUUUCAUCUCGUAUCGGAGACGGCCGGCUUUCUGCAGCUGCCCUGCGUCCUGAUCGAGGUCCUGUACCAGACACGUCAGGAAAUGUCGCUGGUGGCGGAAUGUUCUCUCGGUCGGCUCGUUAUUGAUUGGAUUCGUCGGCAAAUGACAGAGGAGGAUAUAUCGGUGUCCUCACUGCUAGAACGGUCUCAUAUGCUGUACUUGGCGCUCGAUAAUUCUCUACAGGAUUGUGCCGAUCUGCCGCCGGGACAGGAAUCGGAGAGUGAUCUAGUGCAGGAUUAUAAGCGACUGGUGCUAAAGUGUCCAAGCAAUAAGAAGCACCGCAAAGCACUGAAAACUCCGGGCCGGCCACGGAUGAUUCUGUACAGCCGGGAUAUUGGCGAUCGUAGCGAUGCCAUGGAUGCUGCCGCAACGGAAAUGGAUUGGAGUUUGGUUGGCUGCAGUAAGCUUUCUGAUCACUCGUACGUUGCGCUUGUUACACUGAACGGCAACCUGGCUCGUUUAUCAAUUCAGCUGCGGUUGAACAUCCCGACCACACCCUCACCGAUUAAUACGCCCGAUGUAAUGAGUACCAGUGUGAGCCGGGACGAAGAUUUGGACGAAUGCCAACAGCCGGAACUGUUUUGCGAGGUUGCAACCAUGUCCGGACCCAAAUGUGGUCUCGGUGUAGCCGAACUUGAAGGUAAGCUGUUCGUCUGUGGUGGAUACGAUCGUGCCGAGUGUCUGCGAUCGGUAGAAUCAUACUGUCCGGAAACAAACAGCUGGACACAGCAAUCUAACAUGGGCGAAGCACGUGGCCGCGUCCAGAUAGCUGUUAUCGAAGGGACAGUAUAUGCGGUCGGUGGCUGUAAUGGUACGACGGAGCUUGACUCGGUCGAGUAUCUUUCGAAAGCGGAACGGAAGUGGAAGAAAAUGUGCAAACUACCUCUCGCCCGGAGUAAUGCCGGUGUGUGUGCGUUGAAUGGCAAAAUCUACUGCAUCGGUGGCUGGAAUGGGCAGAGUGGCAUCAAGCAGUGCGAUGUGCUGAAGCCGGAAGAGAAUCGAUGGUUUUCGAUUGCUCCGCUAAAUACGGGACGGUAUCAGGCUGGCGUUACGGCGUACGGUGGCAAGCUGUGGGUAGUCGGCGGAAGCGAUGCGUGGAACUGUCUCGGUUCGGUGGAGGUGUACGAUGUGGAAGCCAAUCAAUGGAAUCUUGGGCCAUCACUUUUAACGGCUAGACGAGGCUGUGGGUUGGCCGAGUACAAUGGCAAACUGUACGCCGUAGGAGGCAGCGAUGGUACCCAUUCACUGAACACGACCGAAUGUUAUGACGAGGAAAGCAAAUGUUGGAUCGCUGGGCCUAACCUAACAUCGCCGCGCUCAAACGUCUCGGUUGCGGUGGUGCAGAACCGGUUGUACGCGAUCGGUGGUUUCUCUGGUAAGACGUUCCUCAGCACGGUCGAAUAUCUGGACGGUGCAACGAACGAGUGGACUACCUUCGUACCUCAAACGAGCGCCAACAUUGAUUCGUUGCUUGAGAAUUCGCUACGAGCGGCUCUGCAGAAUGUGCGAUCAUCAUCGUCGACCUCUUCCUCGCCGGAUCAUCUAAGCGGCAACGGUGGGGGACACGAAAACACCUUCAAACCGAUAGAAACCGCCCUAAAUAACGAAUACAACCGGCAACAGCAUUCGCCAAAGGCAAUCGGUGGCGGAAAGCAAGAUAUUCUUUUCAACACGGUGCCAAACAGCGCCAAAACGGCUCUCCUAGAUGAGCAGGACGACCAUGACAGCGGGGACCUGAACAGCAAGACCGGCAACCAAGCGACCAAGACGGCGCAGGAGAACAGUAUUAGCCUGCUGCAGCAGCUCGCAGCCAACAAGUGUACGGAGAUAGCGACUGCCGGUAAUCAUUCCAGCUAACCGACGCUGGCAGCUACCGGUUUGCUG